AAAAAUUACUAAAUUGAGUUAGAGGAGUGAUGUUCUACUGACUUUUGGAAAUAGAACUAUAACACAAUCCAGUUUCUUUGCAAUCAUCAUGGGAACAGGCAUGUUUUCUCCUCCUCCCCUUUGGAGUGUAUGUUUACUAUCUGGCAUACUUAACUAAAGUGAGCUGCAAUUACCAUAUAUUAACAUAUAUUUCAGCAAAGAGAACACUUGUAGAAAUUAACCUGGAACAAGUCCCGUGAGGCAGUUUCUAGUGUUCUUACUCUGCAGAAUGUGGCAGGUGCUUACUGAACACCCACCAAGAGCUAAACCUGGAGGACUCCCAAGCCCAGUUCUAGGCACUGGGCGGAUGCUGAGCAAGGCACUGAGCUCCAUGUGUGAUCAGGAACAAGGUCUGCUGAGUGUGUCGCUGAGUGCCGAGUGGGCACCUGACCCAGGCCCCCGGGAGGGGCUGAGCUGAGCUCUGAGGUGGCUCAGUAAUGCCCGAGCACCCAGAGAGCACAGGGGGAGCAGACACCCUGCCAUGGCCUCUAGACCCUGCCAUGGGACUAGACUUUAUUAGCCAGGCCACAAGUAACGUCUGAAGGGAUGGGGCUGGAAUGGAAAGACACGAGGGGGACCUUUGACUUUGCCGUGCAGAGAACAGACUGGAAGGGGACAGAUGGGGGGGGGCCUACAGUAGCGCAGGCCAGAGGCGGCAAGGGCCUGAGUUAGUGUGGAGGUGAGCAGGGACAGGGAGAUGUGGGGGAGACCAGAGACCUCCGUGAGAGAAUUCACAGGACCUGCUAGGGAGGGGAGGAGUCCAGGAAUGACAUGAGAUUUAGUGUCACUAGCUGAGGGGAUGAUGGAGGUGGAGCAAGCAUGUGAGGGAACGAUGACAGGCUCAUUUGUGGGCAUGGUGAAGUUCAGGGCCCUAGGGACACGUGCUGCAGAGAUGUCCCCCAGGCUGGGAAGAGAGAUCAGGGCUGGAGGUGAUGGCUGGGGGGUCGUCAGGCUGCCAUGGUCCUUGAAAUAACAGGGGUGGAUGAGACCAGGAGUGAAGAGAAGAGAGGGGACCCAGACAGAACCCUGAGGAGCACGUGUAUCUAGGAGACAGCAGGGGGACAAACAGGCAGAGUCACCGGAGCUAAGCAAGGAGGGUGUUUCCUGACAAGGGAGGGGCCCCCAAUGGCAGAGAACGCUGACUGCUAAACAUCCUCUGGAGUUGGCAACACACUGUCUGACUGCAGAGGGCCAAGGAAAUGGCCGGAUGAAGCUCUCGAGAAGGCUGGCCACGAAGUAGGGAAAGGUGGUGGCAGGAGGUUAAAGAAGGAAAGGGACGUUCCAGGGAUGGAAGUGCUUGAACGUUGCUGCUGGCUGAGAUGGGACCGAGCACCGAGCUGGCAUUCCUAUAAAUGACCUGCCUGGCUCCCACCAUGAACGCUGAGCUCAAUGUGCCUGUGGACCCCUCCACUCCCGCCUGCUCUGAGCCUGGCCACAAGGGCAUGGAUUACCGCGACUGGGUCCGCCGCAGCUACCUGGAACUGGUCACCUCCAAUCACCACUCGGUGCAGGCCCUGUCCUGGAGGAAGCUGUACCUGAGCAGGGCCAAGCUGAAGGCCUCCAGCAGGACCUCAGCCCUCCUUUCCGGCUUUGCCAUGGUGGCCAUGGUGGAGGUGCAGCUGGAGACGCAGUACCAGUACCCGCGGCCGCUGCUCAUCGCCUUCAGCGCCUGCACCACGGUGCUGGUGGCCGUGCACCUGUUUGCCCUGCUCAUCAGCACGUGCAUCCUGCCCAACGUGGAGGCUGUGAGCAACAUCCACAACCUCAACUCCAUCAGCGAGUCGCCGCAUGAGCGCAUGCACCCCUACAUCGAGCUGGCCUGGGGCUUCUCCACCGUGCUGGGCAUCCUGCUCUUCCUGGCUGAGGUGGUGCUGCUCUGCUGGAUCAAGUUCCUCCCCGUGGACGCCAGGAGCCAGCCUGGCCCCGGCAGCCACACAGGCUGGCAGGCCGCCCUGGUGUCCACCAUCAUCAUGGUGCCCGUGGGCCUCAUCUUUGUGGUCUUCACCAUCCACUUUUACCGCUCGCUGGUGCGCCACAAGACAGAGCGCCACAACCGUGAGAUCGAGGAGCUGCACAAGCUCAAGGUGCAGCUGGACGGGCACGAGCGCAGCCUGCAGGUCGUGUGAGGGGCUGGG